GUGAGGAUCAGAUCAGACCUGACGGAUGGAGGAACGAUCGAUGAAACUAAUCAAUCAAAAAACAGCCGCGCGCGCGGACUCGCAGCCAUGCAGUGGGCACGCGGACACCUGUUCGGUAUAGAUUAUUGAUCACUGAUUGGCAGCUGAUGGUGUGUGUGUGAGCGGAGUUGAGCGCUUUGAACCUACAGGACUCUACUUUCUUCAUCCAUCACCUCCUCCUCCAACUCCUCCUCCGGGAUGAAGACUCCCCUGAGCCCCUCUCAGCUCCUGGAGAGGGGGCAGAUCUUUGCACUCGGAGGGAUGUGUCAAGAGCUGAUGGACCCCCCAACACCCACAACCAUCAGCCUCCCUGUCCAGCAGACUCCGUCCACAGGUCAGAGCGGGGCAUACUCACUAUGUGAGGUCUGUAACCUGCAGUUGGCCUCUGCUGCUCAGGCCCAGCUGCACUACAAUGGCAGGUCCCAUCUCCGGAGAGUGAGACAACUCCAGACUAGAGAGACAGGACAGCAGGCAGCAGCAGGGGCUCAGUCUAGGUCUCUUCCCCAAGCCACAGGGCUCAGCUCCCAGCCUGCAGGACUCACGCCAACUACAGGCCUCAGUACAGGCCUCAGCGCUCCAUCCAGCACGACUGCAGGAAGUGGGUGUGGUGCAGUGGGCGGGGCGUUGCCAGGUUUUGUAGGCGCCACUGGUCCCUCUGUGAUGAUGAAACCAUUCCUGUCGUUUCCUGUUGAGACGACGUCGCCAGUCGGCCUAUUCCCAAACUUCAACACGAUGGAUCCGGUGCAGAAGGCCGUCAUCAACCACACCUUUGGUGUUACUUUGGUGCCCAAAAAGAAGCAGGUCAUCUCAUGCAACGUCUGCCAGCUGAGGUUUAACUCCGAUUCUCAGGCAGAAGCUCAUUACAGAGGCAGUCGUCACGCCAAGAAGCUCAAGUCCCAGGAGAAUAAGACCAAGGCCAAGCGGUCGAUCACCGGAGAGACCAAUGAGAGCAGCACGAGUCCAGUUUGUCCCGUCCCUCCUGUUUCAGCAAACAGCAGCACCAAUCAGCACACAGAUCUCUUAUCUAGCCUCGCCGACUCAUUACCUCUCAAACCCUUCCUCCUCCCCUCCUCCUCCCCUCUCUCCUCCGCCUCCCCCUCUUCCAGCAGACCAGGCAGCGAGCCAUCUCCCUCUAGUCCUCCCACCGCUCUCCCUGCACCAGGCCUCUUCUCCUCUUCUUCUUCCUCUUCUUCCCCAUCUUCCAAAGCCUCUCCGCCUCCCCCUCCAACAGCUCCUGUCACCUCCUCUUCAUCCUCUGCUGCUGCUGCUUCUGCUCCUCAUCCUUCCCAGGGCUCUACCCAGGAUGCUCCUCUCUCAGCGGAGUCGGAGGAGGAGAAGGCGAAGAAGCUGCUGUACUGCUCUCUGUGUAAAGUCGCCGUCAACUCCCUGUCGCAGCUCGAGGCUCAUAAUGCAGGUUCAAAGCACAAGACGAUGCUGGAGGCUCGGAGUGGCGCCGGGCCAAUCAAAGCUUACCCUCGAGCAGGAGCCAAGCUGAAGAACGGCAGCAGCUCUGCCCUGAAGGGCUCCGGCCUGCAGAACAAAACCUUCCACUGCCAGAUCUGUGACGUCCACGUCAACUCUGAGAUCCAACUCAAACAGCACAUCUCCAGCAGGAGGCACAAAGACAGAGUGGCAGGAAAACCCAGCAAACCCAAAUACAGCCCUUAUAACAAGCAGCAGCGCAGCUCCCUCACGAAGGAGUUGACAAAGCCCUCCCUCUCUCCCUCCUUCCUCUCUGCUCCCUUUGCUCCUCCACCUGCCUCCCUCACCUCCCUCACCUCCACCAUCUCACUCCCUCCGUCCUCUCUCUCCUCCUCCCCUCUCCUCACUCCCACCUCCUCGCCCCUCACGCCGACCAUAUCUCUCCACCCUCGCCCUCCAGCCACCUCGUCCCUCUUCACCGCCUCCUUCCUGCGUCCGGCUCCUGGACCAAUCAGAGCAAGCCAAGGGUCGAUUCUCUUCACACCUUAUUGAUGACAGUGUUGGUGGUGGGGAGAGGAACCGGUGACCUUUGACCUCCAGUUUUUAUGGAACUUCAUGGGGGACAUCAGCUCUGCCUCACGGCUGCAGGGAUUCAAACCUUUAGUCUGGAUCUUCUUUUCAGAUUGGAAAUUUAAGAUUUUUUAUUCAAACCAGAACAGAAAAGAACAGAGGCUGAAGGGUUCCCACUGAUCCUGGAAAACCUUGGAUUUUUUUAACAGAGUCCUGGAAAAAUUACAGAACUGCCCAACAUUUCUAGAAAGCAAUAACUUGUCCUCGAAAAAAAAAUCAGUAUGCAGCCUUUGUCGUCUUUAUUUCUUAUUUCGAUGCUCCAGAUAAAAAGAAAUAAAUGAAACAUUCAACUUGUGCAUGGAAACAUUGAGAAUAUUUAUAUAUUUCUUUCUUUACCUUUUUACCAAAAGAAGAACCCGAAAGUACCUCAUCGUUUUUGACAACUGAGCCUCUAUGGCAUCUCAAGAAAAUAAAGCUGGAGUUCGUUUUUAAUGUUUUUAGUUUGACCGAAGUAACCAGAAUUAGAACCAGGAUAUACAAAUUGAUGAGCAGAAUUUUUUUAAAAGUCUCAAAAAAACAAUGGGGGACAAGAAAGGUUGAGCCAGACUCGGAGGUUCUGUCUGAACAAAUCUCCUGUGAACACAUAAGCUCUUCUCGCUCCUGCUGGAGGAGCGAACCAGCACCAACCUGAUGUCAGACGUCCUCCGUCACGAACAAAUACUACUGCAGAAGUCUUCAUGUCGUAUCAGCACUGGAGUGUGAAGCCACAGGUGUUCCUCCCUCAGACGUCCCGGGGCUCAUGUUCAUCUCGUUCCUAACGUACAGCAUCGAGCAAACAAACUGUGAGGGUGAAACAGAGAAAUUAAAACUUUGAAAUCAAUAACAAUAAUGAAUAAUUAAUAAAAUACCAGAGUUUUGUGUUUUUCCCAAACACAACCCCACCCACCCCACCCAAAUAGUUAGUUUGGAAAGAAAAACGGAAAAUGUAACUAAGAAAAAUGAUUCCUGGCAAAACUUUUUCCCCCCUCAAAUGUUUCACAGAAAAAUAAUAUAACUUAAAAAGAUUUACCUGGUAACCCUACCUUUAACCUCCCCUUUUUUCCUAAUCUGUUCUUAAGUCAUAAAUAUAGAGAAAAAAGAUGAUCAGACUUAGACAGUUUUUUCCUCAUUUGCCGUUAGGGUUUCAGACAAAUAUAUAUAUAUCCCAAAAUAUUAGCCAGGAAUAGUAUAUUACCUGUUCCCACUUACAGCCCUGUCAACUGGGAAUAAACAGAAAUACAAUAAGGGUUUAAACUAGCUAAACUGCCUCUUUUGGAUCUUCGAAAGGAUAAAACCCAGGUGAAAAUUAGGUUAAACAGGUCUGCUGCUUUCAGUUAAAAGUCUUUAAAAGAAAGCCCAAACAAUGAGCUAGACAGACAGUUUGUUUUGCUCGUUCUCAGCUCCUGCUGACUCAGCUUGCUGUAUGUUUGGAAACAGAGUUUGAAUUGAAGUACAUGAACGUCUCCUAGUCAUAUCUGAUGUCCACGCUUCUGCCUGUAUCUGCUGUCGUCUCCACUGCCGGUGUGGUAGAGACUCACUCUGCACUCUGGACCUGGCUACUUCCUGGUUUUACAGUGAAAAAGGCCUUUUUUCGUCCUGACUGUUGCCUGCUGUUACUGAAUCUGACCAGAACUUUCUGGACUUUAAAGCGUCUGAGCAGCAACUUUUACUGAAACUUUUAUCACAUAGAAGGACUUUUGAAAACUUUGAACACAUCACUGGAACUUUUCACAACCUGCAACAGCAAAGGAAAGUCUUCCUUAAAUAAGCUUAUCCACUCUCCAUGAGGAAAAGAGAAAAUAUAGACAUUUUUAUUGUGGUUGCUUUAUCUGCGCUCUGAUAAUUUAUUUUACAGUGUAUGUUGUAAAUAUUUACCGAAGGCUUUUUUAACGACUGUCAAACAACCACACUAUCCGUCCAUCAAACACUUUGGUCCAGAGACAUUACAGCACAUGAACCCUUUACAUUUGGUCUAAUUAUUUUACCCUAAAGGAUCACAUGGUUGU